CGGAGAUACAAAAGUGAAGAUUGCCGGAAAUUUACGCACAUAUUUAUUGUUUAAAUUAACAAACAACCGUAAGCAAAGUUGAAUGAUAAAAAUGUGUCAGAAAUCUAUUGAAAUUUGUUAAAAAGCACCAUUAAAACAAGGGGAUAACGUUUAAAAAAUACUACAAAGAAAAACCAACCCCUUUUUUGGAACACGAACAAGCUCCAUUACUACAUCGUACAUAUACAUACAUACGUACAGAAGGAAAAAAAUGGCCACCACUGCUUCAGAUUUACCAAGCAGCAAUGAACGUCAUUAUUAUGCAAAACUCGAGGCCAUCAAGGAUAUACGCGAUAAGACCGUCUCGUUGGAAAAGUUGAAAGUUCGUAUUAUAAAAGAGGUGAAGUUAAGUGAUGAUGAGGAAAAAUGUUUAGAGGAAUAUCGCAAAGAGCUGGAGCAUUUGUUGGAAGAGAAAAUGUCUCACGUGGAAGAGUUGAGGCAAAUCCAUGCAGACAUAAAUGAUAUGGAGAACAUCAUUAAGCAGACCAAGGAUAAUCAAACGCGAUCAGUUGACAUGGCCAACCGGCAUUACGAAGAAUACUUGGCUCUAAAAUACCAAAUUGACCACAUGCGGCGCGAUUAUUUGGGCUUGAGUCCCUUGCGAGAAUUGCAUGAGGAAGAAGGCAGUCCUAUUUCAAAGGACAGAUUUCAAACAAACUUUUUGAAAGUGGCCGCACAGAGUGCAGCCGCUGCAGCAGCAGCUCAAUCAUCUUUGGCUAGGCCACACCCCAGACAUCCACUAAUGCCAGAGGCCACUGUAACAGCACUACCACCCACAGCGCCAAAUAGUGCAGGUACUGGGGCGGCGCCACCGACUGGAGGUCAUGCUUUCAUGCCGCCUGCACCACCGGGAGCUGGUGCAAAUCCCGCUGCAGGUGUACGCUUAGGCAAGGGAGACUUUUCAGCACCGCCGCCGCCACCACCACCAACAAAUCGUUUGCAACAAACCCCUUCCAUAGGCCUUGGUCACCAUCCCACUUUCCGUUCAGAUUUUAAUGUUAAUCUGCGACAACAGCCGCCUCCUAUGAAGUCCUGCUUGUCUUGUCACCAACAAAUACAUCGCAACGCUCCCAUCUGCCCAUUGUGCAAAGCAAAAUCCAGAUCCCGCAACCCAAAAAAGCCCAAAAAGAAGAAUAACUAAAGGCAGCCAUGCAGCCUAACAUCUGCACUGAGAGCGUUACGCCUCUGUUUAUACAACGCCAUCUACUGGUAAUGGAUCACAGGGUAUGAAAACAAAAAUCUCUUGAUGGGAGUUGUUGGAAUAUUCAAUAUUAUUGCAGGAUUUAACACGGUAGGGGUUUUCAUUUACAUUCAAAUAUCAAAUGUUUAUAAAUACGCAUCUAUUGCGUAUCGAACUUGACAAUCAAUUUAACAGAUUAGACAAUUAAUUGUUUUAUAAUUAUACUAAUAUUUUUUUGAUUGUUCCACUACUAACAAUAAAGAUGAAAUUUACAAGCACAUUACAAAUUUAUACGUGCGAUACCAACCUUUAUGAUUUGCUACGUUAGAACAUUGGUUCGAUUUUAAAUAAACAAUCGUUUACCAUUUUUGUAUACUUCAGAAUAUGAAGUUAUAUAUUAUAUAAUUUAAAACAAUAACAAUAGCUUUUUUUAUCGGUGCGAUGCACCUAGUUUUCGUUUUGGAUUUACAAAAUAGAAUGAAAUUAAAAUUACUCUACGAUGGUGCCGCUACUCCGUCUUCAUGGGCAUUUGCUAACAUACCACUUAUGGCGUGGUGGUGCGCAUGUUUGAUGAUGUGUUCAACUGCUUACGCAACAUAAUGGUAAGAAUGAGUUGCAUUGUUGGUCUGUAGGUUCGGUUGCCAGUUUGUUGUAAAUUCCACCCUCUUGAAUCAUCAAGCAUAUCGAACGAUGUUUAAAAAUAUAAUAAAUUAUAGAGACUGACCUAACAAAUUUAUCGUGUUUUCGUUUAUGCACACAACGUCUUCCCUUGUAUAAUUAAAAUUUGAAUGCAGUGCAUACAGUUUCAAAUAUUAAGCAAAUGUUUAAAAUUGUUUUUAAAUAAUCUUGGUCGUGGAUGUGUUUGUCGUUAUAUUUUGUAGCACAUUUAACACACACCGAAUGUGUUUCUGUACUCCUUGGGAAUUAUCUACUACAGUGUACCAUUAUAUAAUAUAUUACAUUAUUAUUUCACUUCUCUAAAAUAUUUAUAAUCCUUGGUAUAAUCUCUAUGUAAAUCAACCAAGUUUUGAUAAAACCUCUCAAUAGCUUCAUUCGGCCAACCUCAAAUUAAUGUCAAAUGAAGUAGUCGAAGUUGAAGCGAUUGACAAUUCUUAAAAAAGUUUAGAUUUCUCAAAACGAUUAUUCCACUUUAUCUUAAUAGGAAUUAUAAUUAUUACAAUUUAAACCGUAAGUUUUAUUGGUGUUACAGCAUAUCCAUUCAACAAAAAUUUUACGCGCAUUGAUUGAUUAUCAAUGAUGAUAUAAAGCUAAUAUUAUUAUCUAUAUGCCCAUUUGGCAUUUUAUUACAAAUUACUUACAAAAUUUACAUAUACGAUUUUAUAGAUGUUAUAGUAAUAUUCAGUUUAGCACUAGCGGUUACGCGAUUUUUCUUUUACACAUAAAACAGCGAUUUGUUUUGUUUAAACGUUUAUUUUUAGCACAGGAAAUCGCGACUUUUAUUUGUGAGGUCUGGAUACAAACUGAAUUAUUUCUAUCUUACUAUAGGAGUUCUGCGAAGAUCGAAAUAAAUGGUAGCCUGAUGGUGCAAGGUCAGGGCUAUAUGGUGGAUGCAUCAAACGUUCCCAGCCAAGCUCACUCAGUUUUUGGCGAGUGACCAAGAUGUGUGCGGUCUAGCGUUGUCCUGGUGGAAUAUGACAUCUUUACGAUUGACCAAUUCUGGUCGCUUCUCCUUGAUAGCUGUAUUCAAUUUGUCCAAUUGUUGACAGUAAACAUCCGAAUUAAUCGUUUGGUUCCUUGGAAGCAGCUCAAAAUAUUCCACACCCUUCCAAUACCACCAAACAGACAGCAUAACCUUCUUUUGGUGGAUAUCAGCUCUCGUCAAGCCGUCUCGGCCAGGAAAGGUUUCAAUAACGCGACCGGUGAUCCAUGUAGCGUUCGUUAUCUUCUUUGAUGAGGGCAAGGUAUUCUACUUUAAUAUCCGGAUGGCUAUAUCUCCAUUUAGAGCGUUGUUGAAGUGAGGUCAAAUACUCCUGACUCCAUUUGUGCCAAAAGCCUUGGUACAUGCACUGCACCUGUUGCCAGUAAUCUAGCCGAUGAGUCUUCAGUUGAGUCAAAUCACCCUCAGGUACCAUAGUAGUUGGUCUGCCUUAUAACAAGUUAGUUUGAGAUAAAUAAUUGUCAUCAGUGUCGGAUGCAUAUCCCAGUGGCCUAGAAUUGACGACGGCCUCCACUUGAGCCAAGAGGGUAUUCAUCUGGUUAAACGUCAGUAUAGUUGAACCAAUAACUCGUCGUAUGUGAAGUUUCACCCAAAUACCUCCCCAGUGUGGUGAGUAUGGAGGAAUAGAGAUCCAAUUGAUACCUUCUUUGGCCAAUGAUUCGAUGACAAUCCUGUUGUGGUCAUCAGAUUGUAGUUGUCGCAGCAUUUCAUUCAGUUUGCGUUUUGCGCCGACACAAUUCUCCCAUUGUCGCUAUAGAUGUCAGAGAAUUUGCCACGACGUGACAUAAAACGACAUAGAGCUGCCAAAAAAAACAUUCAGUACUCAUGUCGCUCACCAAUUCGAGGUGAAUAUCCGAUGUCACCAUACACAAAAACAGGCAUAUGUAUCCUUUGGAGGUUUUAGCGUUUCUUCCUUUGUGUAGUAUGAGCGUGUAGGGACCGGCAUAGUCGCAUCCUGUGCUUUGAAAGGAAAAAGCUUGGGUGACGCGUGCCUUGGAGAGAUCACCCAUGCGUUGUUGUGUGAUAUGUUUAGCGUGUCGAAAACACUUUAAGCAUUUGUGUGUGAGUUGACGGAUCAAGUUUCUAGCCCCAAUGACCCAAUAUGUUUGUCGAACUAUAACGAAAAGUGCAGAGACUCCUGGAUGUAGUUCUUGUGCUCCUUUGGAAGAAUUAUUGGAUGUUGAACUGCAGAUAAUAGUUCCGAAUUUGAUAUGCGUCCACCUACUCUUAAAAGACCAUCAUUGUCGACAAAUGGUGAAAGUUUAACCAGUUUGGAUUUGUUGUCAAUAUCUCUCCCUUGUAGUAAACUAGUUCUCUCCGUAUUUUGCGCCAUUCUGAGACAAAUGAUUCUUCCUUCUUUAAUCUCUUCAGAUGUCAGGAAUUCAGCAGGGUUCUUGAUUUUCUUUACUCGCAUGUUGAUGAAUCGUUUUACAUAAGCCGCUAUCCGUGUAAGUCUAUACCAAUUAGAAAUGUCUUGCAAAAUAGGUUCCAAAGGAUGCAUUGUAGUUGUAGUAGUCAGGUUUGUGACGUUUGAUGCAGCAGGUUUCACCUCUGCUUGUACGUUCGUGCUUGAGGGGUUGCAUAUUCUCCAAGGGAAUAUCUUUUAGUUUCUGGCUUAGAAAUGAUGGACCGUUCCACCAAAGGUCAAGCUUCAGUAUUUCAGUAUUUUUUCAACCAUUAAACCACGCGACGCACAGUCGGCUGGAUUUUCUUUGGUGUUGACGUGUCUCCAACAAUUGCGUGGUAGUGUCUCCAAUAUUUCCGACGUGCGGUUGCCUAUAAUGUUUUGAGUUUGGAUGGUUGCAUCGUCAGCCAAGAUAGAACCACAGUAGAGUCGCGCCAUGCGUUUAUUUCAACCUGCUUAUGAGGCAAUGAUGUCGUAAUCAAUUUAAUCAAACGUGUAACAAGUAAUGCGCCGCAUAACUCAAAUCGCGAAAGCGAUAUUUGCUUAAUUGGUGCCACACGUGUCUUCGAUGCGAUAAUAGAAACGUAGAUAUUUCCAUUUUGAUCUUCCAGUCUGCAAUACACUACAGCCGCAUAUGCCUUAAUGGAGGCAUCACUAAAACCGUGCAGUUGUAUGUGUGCUGUUGAGUUUGGUACAUAUCGAGGUAACUUCAAGUGAACGAGGUUCUGCAGAUCAUCUCUGUACUUCAGCCAAAGUCGUGCCAGAUUUUGCGGUUGAGGUUCAACCCACCCAAGAUUAAGCAACCAUAGUUCUUGGAAUAAUAUCUUGAAUUUCACAACAAUAGGCGAAACCGAUAUCACUCUCCUUUUCGUAGCAUGUUGAUUGUUGUCCAGAUUUAUCUUAUAUCGAAUACUGUCUUCGUUGGAAUUUCAAUAAAUAACAAGAACCUUUGUCGCGUUAUUCUGGACCGUAUGCAGAAAAUGAUCCUCUUCUUCGCCAUGUGGAUCAAUAUCCUCACAGUAAAUUGACAAGUUGUUCACGGUUUGCCAAAAGCUCUUCCUUUGUUAAAGCUCCUGUAAUUACGUCAUCGACGUAAAAGUCUUCUAAUAAAAUUCGUAAAGCAUUAAGAUGAGAAUCUCGAUAGUCCAUCGCUAGUUGUUCCAAUACACGAACUGCUAAAUAUGACGCCGAAGACGUUCCCUAAGUGACCGGAAAAUGCUUUAGUUCUUCGCUAGGAUCGGCUCCCCAAAUUAUCCGUUGAAAGUUGCGAUGCUUCUCAGCCACCCAUAUCUGACGAAAUAUUUUGACGAUGUCUGCCGAGAAGACCAGUCUAUGCAGCCGAAAACGAAAGCAAACAGCAAAUAAAUUCCGUUGUAUUGCUGGGCCAAUAUAAAGUUUGUCAUUCAGUCAAUAUAAAGUUUGUUGUCUAAAUCUUGAAAAGAGCCGUCAAAUACUACGCUAAGUUUAGGACCAACAAUCGGAAGAUGUGGUAAAUAGAAUACACGACCAUCGUGGACGUCAACCUCGGGUGGUGAAAGUUCACGCAUAUGUCCUAAUCGGCGGUAAUCAUUCACAAAUUGUGUGUAAUUCUCUCUUAAGCCUGGAUCUCUAACCAGCCUACGUUCGGUGGCUUUGAACCUAUUAAGCGCACCUUGGAAUGUGCCCUUGAAUGUAGUAUCUUGUGCCUUGAAUGGUGACUCGACAAUCUAACGUCCAUCAGUAUGCCUAGCAUGAGUGACCCGAAAGUGCUGUUCCACCAAAGUAACUUCGAAUUUCUUGAUAUGAUAUGGACAUUACUGUGAUAGUGCGUUGAUUCAGCCUUCACAGAUCCAAUUCCAGAAAGAGCAAUUUUCGAACAAUUCCGUGAUAAACCCAAACGUAUCAUACAAUCUUCCGAGAUGUACGACAACUCUGAACCAGUGUCAAGCAAUAAACGACAUGUUAUAAGGUCUCCUUUGUUGUUUCGAACAAAAACUACCACUACGAAGGCAAUUAAAACAAAGAGUCUUAUCUUUAACCAGUUUUUGUCGCUGUUCGACCGAUAUGGAAAGGAAAUUUGUGCACUUAUGUGUCUGAUGAGCAUCAGAGCCACAGUCAUUACAAUUUUGCUUAGUGUUGGUAGCAACCAAUGUUGUAGAUGAGUUCCGUUUAUGACCUGAAGGUUUGGAAGAAAUGUUUUUUCCCAGUUCCAAAUCAUCGCAGUAUCGAUCCAAAAAACUUAAAAAGGUAGCUAUUGUAUGCUUUGAUGCAUCCCGAGAAUGUUCAGUCCACUUUCGACGAGAUUCCGAGUCAAUCUUGUUCUGUAGAAUGUAUAGCCAAUGAUCACGUUCCGUGUAAUCAAUUGCCCCCAAACCUCUUAUAACUUCAUUAGCUGUGAGAUUCGAGAUUUGCAUGUAUUUAAUAAGAUUUGCCGCGUCUUCUUUCAAUAAGGAUUUCAAAUAGUGAAAUUUCUGGACAUUUUUUUGAUUAGGUUUUGAAUCUAUUGCGCUAACAAACAAAUCCUUGAAAGCUGGCCAUUCCUUAUAACUGCCCGUGAAUGUUUCUAUAUUCAAUUUUGGCAAUUCCCCGUCCAUAUGGCGCGUACUAUUUGGCGAUUCCAAUCUUUGCAAUAAGUUUGAGUGCUGUUCCAUUAGACGAGAAAACAUUUCAUGCUAAGGCUCCGGUGUAGAUUCGCGAGGACCCAAAUCGUUCAACAUACGAUUCAGCCUUUCCCGGCAGUGCAAAUAUUUUUCCUCAUAUUCCAUGAUGUCUCGCACCGGAUCAAUAAAACCGUCCUGUUCCUCAAAUGCGUACAAUUCGCCAACCAAUCUCAUGAAUUCAUUCCAUGCCGCCUCCAACCGAUUAGGUCGAGACUCAAUCUGCUCUGCAAAUAACUGGGCAGGGGGAUCUUCCACAAAUGUAAAUGCCUGUGUAAUCGCACCCUUCUCAAUCCGGCAUUUCGACACCAAUGAUUUCCUAGACAUUGCCAUUCUAAUAGGUAAAAAACGUACUUACUUUGAAUUGUGUAACGUGUUAGUGUGUUCUGUUAUUAUAAAAACUGCGUCCCAAUAUGCAGUCAGUAGCCUGUAAAAAUGUGUAUUUCAACAACCGUGUCCGAAUGUAAUCAAAGCCACCAACCAAAUGUUUGAAUGUAUGUAAACAAACCGAAAAGUUUUUAUCUCCACAGAAACCGAAAUGUAUUUAUGUGUUUGUAUAUAUCUCUCUCUCUCACAUUCAUAUAAAAACACACCAAGUAUCGCUCGCUAGCCAAACAAAAUGUAAACAAACAUCUGAGCAUGAGCAUACAACCAUAAGCUGUUAACGGACCCACGAGUACAUGCGCUGUUGCGUGUAUCAAUCAUUCACAGCGGCUAUAACAGAAAGCUCUUUUCAUUAACAUAAAAUAAUUUCACAACGACCGUUAAACAUUCAAAUUCUUGCCUCUCUCUGUAAAGCUCUUUCUCAUUACACUCACGCUUACAUAAUGUGUUAUUUUUUCUUUUCAACUUGUGUCUGUGUUUAAACCUCGUUAACCAUGUUUUUCAUCAUCGCACCACCUGUUUCGUCAUCAACCGAGACUCAGAUUCUAUUUUGUUUACUUUGUAUGUAUGAAAAACCAAUGUUUUUCUUCUUUCUCGUAUACACCAAUAUAUGUAGUCAUGUCUUCUUUAAACAACUCAUCUUCCCAAUGGAAUACACAAACGCGUAUUGUGCUGACUAGCACCCGAAAGAAAUGAUUUGUUUUUUCCGAAUUGUGUCUUGUUUUCGAAAACGUUGAAUUACUUAUUCCGCACUAUCUCGCUUGUCACUGAUUUCGAUAUUUGGUGAGGAGGACCAUCAAAUGAUGGAGAAUACUCUGCAAAUAAAAACAAAUUAAGUUAAUUGUAAAUAUUCAAUAAUACAAUAAUUAUUCGCUUUAUUCUUCGAUGGAGUGGACUGUAUGUGUUGUAUAGUUGACAGUAGGAAUAAGACUAAAUAAAAAGUAAAAGAGAAAAGCUCAUGCGUACAAAAAACCAGACAGUGUUGCAUUGAUAGGAUGGUUCCCCAACAGUUUGGUCGGGUAAAAUGUGAGAGUUGUUCUGAUCGGUAUUUACUUUGGUAUCUAAUCUUAAUUUACAUUUAUGUAUUUUCUU